AUGCCAACGCAAACAGUUCCAAGAAGAUUAGACAAGUAUAAACAGAAACCAUUGUACGUAAUGACAAAUAUCACAGUUCCUCAAACAAGCCUGAAUGACUUACCAAUUCAUAUCAUUGAUAAAAUUACAUCAGAUCUUGAAUCAAAUGAUUUGAUAAAUUUAUUGAAUGCUGAUCCAAGCUUACACUAUUUAUUCACUCAAGAUUACAAAUUAGUUACUGAUCUAAGCCAGGAUAGUUAUGAUUCAUUACCUCAAGAUUUCCUAGUCACCGUGGAUAAGGCAUUACAUUCCCCUGAGGUCAGAAAUUUCAAAGGUACACUAUUAUUAGAAUGUCAUGAUACUGAAUCUUCAUGGGCUUAUUUUUUUGAAUUAAUUAGUCUGUUAUCAACAGAAACAUCAUGUGAAAUUACAAUUUAUAACAUUGAAUCAAUACCUUUUGAAUUACAGGAAGAAUUCCAUAAACUUGUUUCAAUUACUGCUUCAAAUCCUGGUUUUAUUAAAAAAAUUCAUUUACCUGAUGUUACUACAUUACAUUUAUUAAUGAUUGAUUGGGAUCCUUCAGUUUUCAAAUUACCAAAUGUAACAUAUCUAGGAUUAGGUGAUACAACAAUAGUGGAUAAUAACGUGGAUAAAGAACUAUAUAUACCAAACUUAGAGCAAUUAUACAUUGAAGGAAGUCUUAAUGGUGAUUUAUCUAAAUUAGAAAAAAUUAUACCAAGUACUUUACACUUGAAUGAAAUUGUUAAACCUAUAGAUUUUACAAAAUUUAAAUAUAAUAACUUGAAAUUCUUGAAAAUUGAAUCAUCUAAUGGAAUUGAUAAGAUUGAUGAUGUAUUAUUCCCUAAUUUGCAACAUUUAGAGAUCAUAAAUACAAAUAUUCCAUUAAUCUCAAAUAUCAAAGCAAACAAACUAGAAAGUUUAAUUUAUAAUUCAAGUUAUUAUAGUUCCAUCUCAUUAGAAAACUUCCAAGCUGAAAACUUACAACAAAUUGAUAUAAUUGCAAGUUCGAUUGAUCAUAUAACAAAUGUUCAAUUCCCACAAUUGAAAUAUGUGAAAAUCAAACUUUAUGAACAACCAAUACCUGAUAUCACAAACACAACUUUCAAAUUCUUAGAAUCAAUAGAAAUUUUAGAAACUGAACAUUGUAUUCAAAUACUUGAUAAUUUAACUUUAAAAAAGCUCAAGAUUUGGAAUAUUCAUAAUGAUGUUAAUUAUAGAUUAUCACCUCAAACUCAAUUCCCUAUACUUGAAACAUUAUUAAUAGCUCAUAACGAAGCUAUACAACAAGUCCCAUUGAUAUAUGCACCAAAUUUGAAAAAUAUAACAGUUUUAGGAUCUUUUAAUUUUGUUAGUAUAAAUAAUUUACCUAAAGAUUAUCCAACUUUAACAACUCUUGUGAUUGAUAAUUGUCCAGUUUCAUAUAUAAAUGGACUUGAAUUCCCAAAUCUAGAAGUAUUGGAUAUUCAAAUUAGUUCUGAUGUUUUUGAAAUGAAUUUUGAAAAUAAUAAGUUACCUCAAUUGAAAGAAUUAAAUAUAAGUCCCAAAGUUAAUAAUUCAUUUUAUUCAAAUGGUAAUGCUUCAAUGACGCUUCAAUGGGAAAAUGUUGAGGCACCAAACUUAGAAAUUGUUUCAAUUAAUGGUGUCCAAUUCAUUUCAAAAUUUUCAACUUCACCUUACCCAAAUUUGAAAUCAUUAUCAAUAGAUAAGAUAUCAGAUUUAGAUAUUGUUUCAAAUAACUCAUUAAUUUUAUUAAAUUUAUCACAUAAUGAAUCAAUACCUAAUUUAUCCUUGGGGAAAUUACCAAAUUUAGAAGAAUUUUAUCCACCAAUACAAAUUGAUGAUAACACUUUAAGAUGGGUUGAAGACUUGAAAAAAUCAAUAUCUGAAGAAUUAAAUAGUGUCUCGGAUAAUUUUGGUGAUCUAAAAGUAUGA